AUGUCAUUAGCUAGGACCACUUUGUCGCCGUUGACGAAACGAGCCAUCUUCUCAAUUUUGAGUCGGUCUUUCGGGUCGACACAAGAAGCCGAUAUAGUCGUCAUCGGCGCAGGUCCUGGUGGCUAUGUUGCUGCAAUUAAGGCUGCGCAGCUCGGGAUGAAGACAAUUUGUGUGGAGAAAGAUCCCACCCUUGGCGGAACAUGUCUCAACGUUGGAUGUAUCCCAUCAAAGUCACUACUUAACAAUUCUCAUUACUAUCACAUGGCUCAACACGACUUUGCUAAUCGAGGAAUAAAGGUAUCUCCUUCAUUGGAUCUCACUAAAAUGAUGGAAGCUAAAUCAAGCAGCGUCAAAGCUCUCACUGGGGGUAUUGUCGCCCUUUUCAAAGCUAACAAAGUUGGGCAUAUCCAAGGAGUUGGAACAAUCACUGGACCGAACCAGAUCAUUUCUUCGACCGGAGCACUUUCCCUGAAAGCUGUGCCCAAGAAGAUGGUAAUUAUUGGAGCAGGAGUUAUUGGACUCGAGCUGGGCUCUGUAUGGCAACGACUUGGUGCCCAAGUAACUGCCGUUGAGUUUCUCGAGCACAUUGGUGGAUUUGGCAUUGACAUGGAGAUUGCGAAAAACUUCCAACGUAUACUAGCAAAGCAAGGAAUGAAGUUCCUUCUCAGUACAAAGGUGAUGGCCGCACAGAAGAAUGGAGAAGUAAUCAAAGUUGAAAUAGAAGGUGCAAAAGAUGGCAAGAAGCAAACGCUGGAUUGUGAUGUUCUGAUGGUAUGCAUUGGCCGGCGUCCUUACACCAAAGACUUGGGAGCAGAGAAUGUGGGUAUCCAGCUCGACGAAAAGGGUCGAGUACCAGUGAACGAGCGCUUCCAGACGAAGGUUCCAUCUAUAUACGCUAUUGGCGAUUGCAUUGCUGGACCCAUGCUUGCGCACAAAGCUGAGGAUGAAGGCAUCCUCUGCGUGGAAGGAAUCUGUGGUGGACCAGUACAUAUCGACUAUAAUUGCAUCCCGUCAGUCAUCUACACUCAUCCAGAAGUUGCUUGGGUAGGAAAACCUGAAGAACAACUAAAGAAGGAGGUGAGUGUUAGCUUUGUUGGUCUCCUUUCUUCGUCUCGUUUGUUGCAGAUGAAUGUCGAAUUCAAAGUGGGAAAAUUCCCGUUCAUUGCAAACUCGCGUGCCAAAACGAAUUUCGACACCGAAGGAUUCGUCAAGGUUCUUGCUGAUAAGCAGACGGAUAGGAUGCUAGGAGUACAUAUCAUUGGAGCGAAUGCUGGAGAAAUGAUUGCUGAAGCUUGCUUGGCCCUUGAAUAUGGAGCGUCUGCUGAAGACGUUGCUCGAGUGUGUCACGCUCAUCCGACUCUCUCUGAAGCUUUCCGUGAGGCAAAUCUCGCUGCAUAUUGUGGAAAGGCUAUUAACAGCAUCUAA